AUGAAAAAAUUGCUGAAGACAAAUAAAGAUUUUGGCAAUCAAUAUCUAGACUUCACAUAAUUGUUUGAAAAGAAACUUAAAUCGCCCACAAUAAAUACGGAUUGCAAGAAGGAGCUAAUUGAUUAAUAUAGACAACGCAAUUUCAAACAUGAACCCUAACCGUUCUUUGAAUCGUCAGAAAUUCUUGUUUAUGGAUCUUUUGAGAAUUCGAACAUCAUGGCUGUACAAUAAGAAGGCACUGAAUUGAAUAUCUUACUGAAUGGGGACACCAAUACUAAUGGAUGUACACAAUGGUUUUAUUUUGGUGUUUUGGUCAAACAGCCAUAACUAUUGACUUUUCGAAUUCUCAACAAUCGAAGAGGGAAAUCUCUACUAAAAGAAUACAACCACAUUCGAGUAUACGAUAACAACAAAUGGAAUAGUGAGACUACUAAAGAAUUAUUUUAUUACAGAACAAAUAUUAAUCAUCCCUUCUACCAUUCUUAAGAUUCUUCUAUUGCAAACUUGCAGUAGAAUUUUCCACUAUAUACUUUACAAUUUAAUUAUAAUUUCACCCAAAAUAAAAGCAUAGUAUACUUUGCUUUGACUUUGCCUUACACAGUCAGCAAUCUACAUUAACUAGUUUACCAUUCAGCUCUGAAACACAAAGUACUAUGCACUACUCCCUUGGGAUUGCCUAUAUUUAAACUCAAAACCAAAAAUAAAACUUCUGAAGUUGUGAUCAUUUUGGCACGCCAACAUCCAAGUGAGUCAGUAGGUUCACACAUCUGCGAAGAGAUAAUUAAAUUAUUAGAUGCUGGUCACUAGGUUUAGAAUAAGUAUAGAUUCAUAAUAUUCCCGAUGCUAAAUCCUGAUGGUGUAUUUCUUGGCAAUUCUAGGUGCAAUUUCAAUGGAAUCGAUUUAAAUAGAAAGUGGGAUAUGCCCAAUUAAACUACUGAACCUGAAAUUUAUAGUGUGGUUAAACAUAUCAAAAAGUACAAAGUGGCUUUUCUUAUUGAUUUGCACGGGCAUUCUAAAAAACUGAAUUAGUUUUUAUAUGGUUGUGCUACUCCAAUCAAACAUAUAUCAGAUUAUAUGAGAGUUAAGUAAUUCAGCAGAUUAUUACAACAAGGAUGUGAUCUCUUUAAUUAUUUGAAUUGCACAUUCAGUGUGACACCAGAUAGAAUGAGUACUGCUAGAGUAGCUAUGUGGAAGAAGUUUUAAAUUGCCAACUCAAUGACCAUUGAAACGUCUUUGUAUGGAGCAUUAAAAAAACCUUUCGAAAAAGAAGAGUUUUAACUAUUGGGUUAAAAUAUUCUAAAUGCUCUCUUUUAAUAUGACGAAAAUUAAUCCGAUCCUCAUCUAUAUGAAGCAUAAGAAAUCAAUCAAGCAAUCAGGUUAAUCAAAAAAGAUGGAUUUGACGAUAAAGAGUCUGGGUCUGAUUCUGAUGCUGAAUAAGACAUUAUUGUGACCAGAAAUUCAAGGUUAAAAGUCACUUCCAGAAGAGAUUCUACUCCUAUGAUGGCUAAAAGCAAACCGAAACAGUAAUCUGAAACACCCAUUCAAUAGCCUACUCUUUUCUUCAAGAACGAGUAAACUUAUAGUUUCAAGAGGAUACCUUCUUAUUAGUUGAAAAGAAAAGUUUCUCGAAUGAAUUCUUUUCAGAGUUAAAUCAUUGAUGAACCAUUAAGUGCCUAAUUGCCUACUAUUUAUAAUAUUCCUAGUAAGUAAUACAAAGGAACUCUUGAUCUGAUAUAAGCUAUACAAGUGAAAUCACUUUCUAGAUAAUAGUGA